GGCUCCUCCUCCGGCCCACCGAGGCGGCGCUGUCCCUGACCGAGCUGCGGGAGCGAGGGUUCAGAGAUGGGCAGUGAGAAGGAGCAGAGUCCAGAGCAGCACCUGCCUGAGGAAGGGGAACGGGGUAAGCCUUGGCGAGUGGAUGACUCAGAGAGUUUUCGGAUCCCGGAUGGGGAGAAAGAGCAUGGGCAGGAGAGCCAGUCUGAGGGGCCACAAGGGAUUCAUCCAAAAAAGCCAUGGCAGAAAGUCACUGUCUCUGCUGGAGAGCCAGGGGACCCGAUGGCUCAUCCAAGGUUGGAGGCGGAUGAGAAGCCUUUUAUAUGUGCCCAAUGUGGCAAAACCUUCAACAAUACCUCCAAUCUGAGAACUCACCAGCGGAUCCACACUGGCGAGAAACCUUAUAAGUGUUCUGAAUGUGGCAAGAGCUUCUCCAGAAGCUCCAACCGCAUCCGGCAUGAACGGAUCCACUUGGAAGAGAAGCACUACAAAUGUCCCAAGUGUCAGGAGAGCUUUCGGCGACGCUCUGACCUCACCACACACCAGCAAGAUCACCUGGGCAAGCGGCCAUACCGCUGUGACAUCUGUGGCAAGAGCUUCAGCCAGAGUGCCACGCUGGCUGUGCAUCACCGGACCCACCUUGAGCCAGCGCCAUACAUCUGCUGUGAGUGUGGGAAGAGCUUCAGCAACAGCUCCAGCUUUGGGGUGCACCACCGCACUCACACAGGCGAGAGGCCUUAUGAGUGUGCCGAAUGUGGGCGGACCUUCAGCGAUAUCUCCAACUUUGGAGCACACCAGAGGACCCACAGAGGGGAGAAGCCCUACCGAUGCACUCUGUGUGGGAAACACUUCUCUCGGAGCUCAAAUCUCAUCCGUCACCAGAAAACACACAUGGGAGAGCAGGCUGGGAAAGAUUCCAGCUGAAGGAGAAUGAGGGAGAGAACGAGAGACUCCAAACUAGUGUAGGAAGAUCGUUAGGAUCUGCUGCUACCCCCUUGACCUCAAGCCCUUCGUCCCACUUUGGAGAAUGGUUUCCUGUUGCCUGUGAAGCCAGGAUCUCUAGGAAGUUCUGAGAAGGGACUCCGAGUAAAAAUCCUUGUUCCUUUCCAGGCCAGUUUCUUGUCUCAGAAAGUCAGAGGAUCUGGUCUUCGCUUCAUCUCCUUGGGGUGAAAGAGAAAUAGGGUAGGCUUAGUACAUGCUCAUAUAGUUAGGGUAACUGUCCCUGGCCUUUGAGAAUGUACCUGUGAAUGGGCAUCACUGUAUGAAGGUCCUCCAAAUUGUCUAUGAACUGUUUAGGGCACACUGCAGUGGCCUGCUAGUUGCCAUCUGCUGUGCCCCAAAUGGGCUGGGAGGAGCAGACUUCUCAAUAGAAGGAGCCUCCCUGGCCCAGAGAAGAAGUCUGAGGUCCUGCCUUAGGAAUGAAAGAGAAGCCCUUAGGGAGCCAUGAUCCAGGAACCUUCACACUCCCCUAUGUCUGUGACUUGUUAUCCCCAUCCCAACUUGCAUCUGUUCCCCAAGUGAUUAGCAGUAAAACCCUUCAAUGAAAAGGACCUGUGUACUUAUUUGGGGGCAUCACAGACGUGGGGUGCUGGGGAGAUGGUGUUUCUGCAGCUACCCUCUAAGGGAGUUGAAUUUCAAGACAGACAUAGUGGAUGGUUGCUCUGGAAAGGAAAAGAAGGCAGGCUGAGUCUCUAGGCCUUUGAGAAGGGAGGAUAAAGGAAAGGAAGCGACAUUAAUUGAGCAUCCACUAUAUGCCAUAGAUUCUACCGGUCACAUUUACAUUUUUUAUUUCAUUUGUCACAGCAACCCUCAGGGAAUAAGAUGAGGAAAGGUAAAGUCACUUGCUGUGAAGUCACACAGCAGGUAUGUGGUAGAACCAGAGUUCAAACUUGGGCCUCCCUUGAUUCUGAGCUGAUGCUCUUUUCACUACAUUGACCUUGUUGACUUCUGAAGAAGGAGCAGCUUAGAGGGCUGGCCUGGGACCAAGUGAUUGCCUGGAGGUGGAAGCUAGUAUGGCCUCUUGAUUGGGCCCUGGACCAUUUGCUGUGUGGGAAGUUAGUGCCAACUUUUUCAACUUUAUUGAUAGAGCACUUAUUCUGAGCCUAGGAAAAAUGACUGUGGCAGGGAGUAGGGGGUGAGGGGUGGGGGAAGAUGAACCCAUAAUGUGAGUCUUUGCCCUUAGCAGCAAUAGUUUAGUUUCCAAGUCUGAGACAAGUUGGCAGGAUCGUGCCUGUCUUCCUGCCCUGGUUUAGGCCUGGCUUCACAUGGCAGAUUUCAGUGUUUUCUACAUGGAAGUUUAGUGUUCACCCAGAUUUCCUCCAACAAAUAUAAAAGACUCUCUACUUCUUACCAUUCUGGGGUCCUGCUCCUCCAGAGUAAGGGACCCUCUUCAUUUGUAGCUAGCUGACAGAAUGUGAAUCUGGCACCAGGCUUGGAACUGACACCACCCAUGUGACUUGACCUAUCGCAUGGGACCCUGCCACUCACCUACAUCUUCUUUACACUCAUCUUACUGAAUUCUCGAAACCACCCUGAAGUUAGAAUUAUCUGCAUUGGAUAGUUGAAGAAACAGGUUGAUAGAAAGUGACUUACCCAAGAUUACAUGGCACGUAAAUGGCAGGAUCAGGAACUGAAAUUUCUGCCCAAAUGAAAAGCCUGUAUUUUUUUCAACUAUAAAAGAAGCCUUCCCAAAUGAUUCUCUGACAUUGGUAGGAGACUUUACAGUUUACAAAGCACUUGAUUUCAGAGACAUUUUCCUACUCCUUGAAAAUCUCAAUUCAAAAUACUUUAAACAUAGUAACCCAAACUUGCAUGUAUGAAUUCCCACACUCCCUAAUAAUAAAAGUUGCCAUCUAUCAAA